ACAGCUGACAAGUGGGAUUAGAAUCUGGGAUUAGAACCCACAUCCAAGGUCAAGGCCCUGGGGGAUUCCUGUGGGUAUCGAAAUGGAAACUGGACAUGUCUACAAUUUCUCUCUUCCAGUAGGACAACGGGCUCCAGAAGUGUACCCACUGUAUGCAGGGUGUGGAAGCCCUGCCCCUGCAGAGGACAAGGUGACCUUGGUCUGCUUGGCAACCAACUUUUCCCCAAAUGAUUUGGCUUUCACCUGGAACAUCAAAGAUGAUGUGAAGAACUUUCCAUCCGUCCGAAGGUCUGACAUGACAUACAUAGAGAGCAGCCAACUCACCUUCCCAGCCUCAAAGUGGGACUCUGAGACACCCACUUGCACGGUGAAACACAAUCAGCAAAAAGAAAAGAAAAUCAUUGUGUUUAAACGCCAAGACCAAAGGAUGCAGCCACCCAGAGUGCAUCUCUUGCCCCCACCCUGCGUUGGCACCUCAGAGGGUGGCACUGUGGAACUCAUCUGCCUGCUGCUUCAGUUCAAGCCCAACUCCACAGAGGUGCAGUGGCUUUUGAAUGGGCGGGAGUUGAACAAACCCGCGCCCACCCUCUUUGCCGCCGACCAGGAUGGCUCUUUCAUGGCCCGCAGCCUCCUGAGAAUCUCCAGUUCGAACUGGGAGGGCGGGGACACGUUCACCUGUAGGGUCACGCACCCUGCCCUGAAGGAGGGCCCGGAGCUCUACAACAGCAGCAAGUGCUCAGCCUGUCACAGCCAUGCCACUGCGAUGACCCUAUACCUCUUCGCACCCUCCUACGAUGAGCUGGUCAGGGGGAAUGGGAAGGGCCACGCGACCUGCCUCGUGCUGGGCUACGACUUAGCCAGUGUCCAGAUCAGCUGGCAAGUGAAUGGAGUUGUCACUGAGGGCCAGACGGGGGUCACGAGGCAUGAAAGCAAUGGAACGGAGAGCAGGACAAGCACCCAGACCAUCUCACUGGCUGAUUGGAAAGCUGGCAGGAGGUACAUCUGCAGAGCCAAGCAUCCUUGCGUGAAGGAAGUCACUCAGGAGCUGUCCACGUUCGACCCCAAGACCCCCACGAAGAAGCCCUCAGUGUCCGUCUCCCGGGUUUUCUCAGAAGAUUCCCCAGGAGAGGAAGAUCAUCCGACUCUGCUCUGCAACAUUCGAGGUUUCUAUCCCAAAGAGCUCAGCGUCAGCUGGGAGAACAACAGCCACCCACUCCCCAGGACCUUGUACAGCAGCGGGCCCGUGGUGGCCACUGGCAACGAGGCCUUCUCCACAUACAGCCUCCUGCGUGUGGGCCCCGGGGAGAGAGGAGGGGCCUACACCUGUGUUGUGAUGCAUCCGUCAACAGACCGGCCCACUCGUUCCAACAAGGUUUCAUUUGACUGGGCUCUCUCCAGGGCCCCAGAGGUGUCCAUCACUGGCCAUCCUGCUUGCAAUGCCCCGGGAGCUGAGACCAGUGUCUUCCGCUGCUCUGCCAGUAACUUCUUUCCCGCGGGAGCUGAGAUCCUCUGGCUGGUGAAAGGGCAGGAGCAGCCGGGGUUGACCCAGACCAUCACCCGGAGUCGGGAUGGCCGGUACAGCGCCAGCCUGGAGCUCUCGGUGCCCAACGCCCAGUGGAACCAGCUGGCCGAGUUCACCUGCCGGGUCAGCCACGCUGGAGCCACGCAGCAAAAAAACCUGAGCAAGUGUGCAGUCUGCCAGGACAGCACCCCCCAGCCCACUCUCUACCUCCUGCCCCCACCCCUGGAAGGCUUGGUGCUCCGGGCGGAAGCGCUCCUGACCUGCCUGGUGGUGGGCUACCAGCUGGACCAGGCCACACUGACGUGGGAAGUGGAUAAAAAGCCCCUUGCCGGAAGCCCCAGCGUAAGAGCCCUAGUGACGCACGACAAUGGCACCCAAAGCCUCCGCAGCCACCUGAACCUCUCCCGGACCGACUGGGAAGCUGCUCACACCGUCCUUUGCAGGGUAUCCCACCGCUGUCUGUUUGCCCCUCAAGAGGAGACCCUCCAACCACUCAGAGGUGCUGACCCUCCCAGGAAGCUUUCCAUCCAUGUACUACAUCCGAGCCUACCUCAGUCCUCGGCCGAGGCCUCCGCUUGGCUCUUGUGUGAGGUCUCCAACUUCUCCCCAGCUGAGAUCUUCCUGACAUGGUGGGAGAACGAGACGAGUGUCAGCCCCUCCUGGUUCACCACCACGGCCCCCUUUGCCCAGCCUGGAAAUGCCAUGUAUUCGACCCAGAGUCUUCUGCGAAUACCAGCCUCUCAGGGACACAUGGCCUCCACAUAUACCUGUAUGGUUGGGCAUGUCUCCUCCCCUAGCAUGCUCAACAUCAGCAGGAAUGGAGUGUUCGAUUUCCUGGAACCAGCCCGGCCUCUGGUCACCGCCUUCCACGAACCCAGCGGGAGCAGUCGGGAGAAGCUGGUCUGCCUGGCCACUGACUUCCGCCCCAAGGACAUCGACAUGAAGUGGGAGGUGAGAGGUCAGGAGCGCCGCUGCAGCGAUUCCCUCCCUAGCAAGGCUCUAGGCAAUGGCAUGUUCCAGCAGAGUUGUGCCUUGCUGUUAAGUCUGGAGGAGUGGACCCAGCCGGAGACAUACACCUGUGUGGUGAACCACAGCUCGGAUACGGCUGCCGUGAGGAGGGAGCUGACCUCCACCCAGUGUCCAGCCUGGAGUCCGACCGCCCACACCCUACCCCCAUCCUUCGAGUGGCUGUUGCAGAAUGAGACGGUAGUGCUGACAUGUGUGACCGACAUGUUCAACGCGAGUGUGGAGUGGACGGCAGGAGAGGAGCUGGCUGCUUUGGAGACGGUGGAGAACAAAAAGGAGAAAUUCCCCAAUGGGAGUAGCUGGCUCUUCAGCCAGUUGAAAGUCAAUUUCAGUGUCUGGAACAGCACAGAAUCCUUCAGCUGCCAGGUCAAGGAUGGCCAGAGUGAACUGAGGGUCAACGUCACUCAUAUUCCCGGUCCUGUUAAGGCCCCCAAAGUUUACCUCUUCCCGCCCCCGACUGAGGAGAUGAGUCGAGGUCCCUCUCUCACCUUGGUCUGCCUAAUCAAAGACUUCUACCCAGCCAGCAUCCUGGUGCAAUGGCAGGAGGGCAGUGCGGUGUUAGAAACCCAAGCUGCCCAGAGCCAGAACCCAAGCUGUGACCACCAGAGCCGGAGGUGCUCUGCGGUCAGCAAGCUGGAGAUCCCGAAGAGCCGAUGGAUGGCCAGGACCCGAUACCACUGUCAGGUGUUCCACAUCUCCCGCAGAGGGAUCCUAAUCCGAAACGCCAGCACCCAUUAUGACCCGAGAGUGAUAGAUUUCACCUUCAAAGACGAGAACAAUGAUGAUUACACCGAGAUGGAUGAGUCCAACAACGUAUGGCCCACCGUGUCCACCUUCGUAGCCCUCUUCCUCCUUACUCUGCUGUACAGUGGUUUCGUCACCUUCAUCAAGGUGAAAUAAUCCUAUGCCCACCAGUGAGGAAGCCCUGGGGGAGUAACUUUCUCAUCACAGAAGAAAUAUUCUACUUGGCUUCCUCCAGUUGGUUUUCCUCCUGAGCCUGAGAUCAUACAAACUAGUGAAUAAAGCUGCUCCUCCCAGAUGUUCAGAGAGUAGGCCGAGUUACGAGUCAAGACUGACAGGAAUCAGCCUGUCUUCAAUCCUGCAAAACCUGCACUCGUUGUGCUUGGCGUCCAUUUAGAGUCUCUGUCCUCCUACCAGCCAGUUGCUUCGCUGACCACAGAUUCCCAUCCCCUACCUUCCUAUCCUGCCUUCAAGUGACCCCACCCAACUCCAAUCCCAAAUCCAAGUCAUCAUGCUCUCCACGGCUGCUGAACCACUGUAAUCUCUAGCAUCCUGCUCCUUCCUACCCCGUCCUCCUCUUGGACCCUUCCCCCCACACUACUCCAAAUGGACUCCUUUCUACAUUGACCACUCUCCCCUUCUCUCCAUCCCCUGGAAGCUGCUCAGAUCAAAGGUCCCUAUCCUGCCUGCUUCGAGCCACUCAAGUGGUCAACCUAAGCCCUGAUCCACCCAUAAACUCAUCUGCCAGUCACUUCCAGGGCCAUUUCCGCUGCCUGCUGAGGUGGAGACAAGCAUGAGUGGUGCCAAGUUCCUUUCCAAAGUGUUGUCUCUCAAGGGACCACCUGGACCAUCCUGCUUUAACGUUCACCCUAAUACAUCUAGUCCCGGUUACUGUUUUCUGUCUGCCAUUUUGGGUUAGGGGUGUCCUCUCUAUGAGCUUGAGAGCUGCUUGUCAGUAUUUGCUUCACAAUAAAGCUGCCAUUUUCAUUCA